CCGGAAGUAGUUAGCAAUCAGCUAAAUGUAGCUGUGUGAUUCGUGCUGUCAUUUCAGGACGCCAAAAAGCAAAAUGUCAGAGCAAACGAUAACAGUGACAGUUGCAUACGGAUCGACAAAGCACAGCAUCACAAUAACUGGCCAGGAUGAUGGCAAGGGCCCCGUUGUCAAAGACCUGUCAGAUGCUCUCACUCAAGCUACCGGAGUUCCACAAACCUCACAGAAACUUAUCUUUAAAGGAAAAUCACUGAAGGACAUGGAGGAGAGUCUGUCCAGCUAUGGAAUAAAAGAAGGCUGCAAACUUAUGAUGAUUGGAAAGCGGAACAGUCCUGAGGAAGAAGCUGAACUGAAGAAGCUGAAAGACAUUGAGAAAUCUGUGGAGCAGACAGCUAAAAAGCUGGAGAAGGUAGACGGGGAGUUGACUGGACUCAAGAAUGGCUUCCUGGCCAAAGACCUCCAGGCAGAGGCGUUGGGUAAACUAGAUCACAGAGUGAAAAUAGCAGCUGAACAGUUCAUGAAGAUCCUGGAGCAGAUCGACGCUUUGAGUCUCCCAGAAAAUUUCAGUGACUGCAGAAUGAAGAAAAAGGGACUUGUAAAGACUGUGCAGGAUUUCCUGGCCCAGUGUGACAAGAUUGAAGCUUGUAUAUCAGACCACCUAUCAAAGAUCCAGUCCAAAAAUCUUGCCCUGGCAGAGUAGAUCUACAAAGUCUCCCAUAUAAUAUGCUAUACAUUGCUCUGUGAACAAGUGCAAAUUGUACAGAAAACCUCAAGUGUGGAGCAGCUCCUUGUCUGUUUAUUGUUGACGUGAUGUGUAUGAGAGAGCCCUCAUCACAGAGAACCCUGUGAACAGUGGGAGGCUGGUUAUCUGCGCUGAUCCUGGGUACAGCCGGGAUACUUUCUCUGGGUUGAAGACCGAUAUGAAGUGCUCCUCGAUAAUAUAACCACAGUCACACCGUGAAAGGAUCAGAGGUGCUUUAAAUUGUGUCAAAAUAAAGGAUGUUGAUCCUCAAAGAGCAUCCAAAUCUGGUGCUGAAUAUAACUACCACAGCCAAAUGGCUAUCAAAUUAUCCACAAUGAUGUCAUUACCCAGAAUCUCACUGACUAUACAGUAAUAUAAAGAAACCAUGUUUUGUUUUUCUUCAUAUUGUGAUGUACCAACUGUGGAGUGUUCCAUAUAGCAGUUUGUACACACAGCCAAAAGUAUGUGGACACCCUCAUUGAGUCUGCUGUCCACUCUUCUGGAAUUGUUUUUCACAUGGUUUUGGAACCUGGCCGCAAGGAUCAUCAGUGAGGUCAGACACUGAUGUAGGGCCAUAAGGUUCACAGUUUAGUCCCAAUUCAUCCCGAAGGUGUUGGAUGGGUUUGAGGUCACGGCUCUGUGCAGGCCUCACCAAACUGAAAACAUUUCUUAACUCAGUUUCUUCACAGGGGCAUUUUCAUGUUGUGUUUUAUCUGAUGCUGUGGAGGUAAAUUAAUUGAGAACUAUUACAGUCCUAGCCCACACCUCACUAAAAGUUACGUAAGUAGUACACAAUGCUGUCCACAUACCUUUGGCUAUAUAGUGUAUUUAUUAUUCUUCCAUUGACAGUCAGUACCAAGCCAGCACCUUCUGUUAAAUGCAGUAAUUGAUCCUGUUUAAUCAUUUAUCUUUCAAAUAAGUGUGAACUGUGGAAUUGGUAUUGUUUUAAACUAUCAUAUUGUUUUAAAAUAAAAACAUUUUGAAAAACUCA